UAUGUAUCAUAGUAUCGCGAUGUGUUGCAAGAUUACUUCAUUCAUGUAUAUCUAGGUAGACUAGCGAAGAAUGGCGGUAGAGAGUAGUAAUACUGAAAAAAAAAGAAAAAAAAAAGUGGCAUUUGUUGUUCCUCUUGUUGGCCAUCAUUCCACUGUGCUGCCAGGUUGUGUCACUCGCCCAGCGUGGUACUAGUGUAGCAAAAAUGCAUAUCUGGCAAAUCGUACCGGGGGUCUGCAGCUAGCCGGGACCCACUUUCUCCACGAGUACCUAGAAUUGUGUAUUGUCUGACUGGGAAGAGAAGCCAUGACAAGGAAAGGAAGACCUGUUAUUCCCAGUGUGUGCCCCAAGAGUGCCUGGCAGAGAACCCUCAACAGGGCCAGGUUAAGUUUAGACAGCGAGGAGGAGCCACUGAGGCCCAGGUCUGCCACACCCUCCCAGCCACCUGGGGGCCACCUGCAGACCCAGUCAAGACGCAGCCUGCUGGUGCGGUCUGCCUCUGCUGGGCCAUGGACUGCACACACUGUUACCUAUGGCUCGCGACGCCCAGGCCGCAGCCUCACCAGGGACACAAGCAGCAAGAAACGUGAAUUGCCUCCGCCAAGCGCUGGGAGGAGUCGCUGGUGUUGGUGUGUUGUGGCACUCAUCUCCAUCCUCAUCGCUGUUGCAUCAUCUUCACUGUAUCUGGUCACAGACUUAUCGUUCCUAAUAGCUAAUAAGGAAUUGUCAUGUAGGGAAAGGAGGAAUGCAGAGUUCCCGAUAACUGAGCUCAAGAAUCAACUUAAGAAAAACAUUGUUGGUCAGAACUUGGCCAUAGAGUCACUUGUUCAUAACCUGAAGAUGUUUGCAGCUUCAAGUGCAGAGCGGCCAUUUGUGCUGUGGCUGUCUGGCUGGGAAGGAAGUGGCAAGACCCUCACUAUCAACAUCAUUAAAGGCGUGCUGCCAAAGGAGUUCAGAGUGCAGACGGUCCUUGCUCAGCUGUUGCCCGGCAGUGCUUACAACCUACAAGAGAAGGCCAUGGGUCUGGUGCAGGGCCUGGAGCCGUGCGCACCAAACCUUCUGGUGAUAGACGGAUGGGACGGGGAGUCACGGUUGCCCUUGGCCAUCCUGGAGCAGUUUCUGAAAAGCCUCCACCUCCCUGAGGCCACCACACAGAACGCCAGUCGUGUGUUGGUUGUUUUAAGCGGGACGAGAGGAGGCAGGGACGUGUGGCAGCACUUUCUUGACCUGCAAAGAAAAGAGGGAGGAGAGACGAACUUCCUUGAGCAUGACUUCACCAACUUGAGUCUGAGGCUGCAGAACACACACUACCUGGCCUCAGUCACCAGCAAUGUGGCCCUGGUGCCGUUCCUACCAAUGGACUUGGCGCAGAUCAAGUCAUGUGUGGUGAGGGAGCUACUGAGGAUGCAGAGGGAGGAUGUGGUGAUAGAUGAGGCAGCGCUGGCCAGGGUUAUGAAGGAGGUCUCGGCUCACACUGAGUUUGUGCCUGGCUCUGAUCCCCCCCUAGCCAUCCAUGGGUGUAAGAGGGUGCCGGCACUACUGGCACUCGUCCUGUCUGGCUCUCUGGAUGACUUGAGGCUGUGAUGUGUGUGUGUAUGGGUGUGUGUGUUUACCUGUGGGUAUUUUUCAAGGGUUAAAUGAAGCUCAUAAUGUCUCUUCUUUUAAUACCAAGUUAUAUCAUACGUACAUACUUUUUAUUUAUAUUUAUGUGUUUGUGUAUGUUUGUGUGUGUUUAGGUGUGUGUGUGUGUGUGUGUGUGUGUGUGUGUGUGUGUGUGUGUGUGUGUGUGUGUGUGUGUUAAAGGGUGUGGGUGUGUGUAUGUAUAUAAGUGCAGUAGAAUUAUCUGUUAUUCUUUCUGGUAUAUAUAUUCGCAAAAUCAAACACAGGGCAGGAAAGUGAUGGUGAAAGGUGUAUUUAGAGAUCAAUAAGAUAAACUAAUGAAAAAAAAAUAUAAACACUCAAGAGAAGAAAAAUAUGAAUGAAAAAUAAUCAUGAUAUAUAUAUAUAUAUAUAUAUAUAUAUAUAUAUAUAUAUAUAUAUAUAUAUAUAUAUAUAUAUAUAUAUAUAUAUAUAUAUAUAUAUAUAUAUAUAUAUAUAUAUAUAUAUAUGAUCAGGGAAGAAAAAUAUGAAUGAAAUGUGUAUAGGAGCUGAUGAAUCAAAAUAAUUUACUUUAGUUUGAGAAUUACUGUACAUAAAUCACUGUUAAUGAAAUCAGUAUUGACACUCAUAUAUAUGCACUUGCAUAACACCUGCAUGACUAUGAAUCAUUAACUUGUAUAUCACACCUGUCUUACCUGUCUGUAUUAAUUGAUUAUAGUGGUGUCAGUAUUAACUGUGGUGCUCUUACAGUUAAUAUCAAACUAAAAGUAUUACUGAAAAGUGCUGAAAUGUAAGAUCAAAUAAUGUUAAAUUAAAAAUAUUACCAAUGAAUGCUGGGUUGUAAGGUGAAAGGAUAUCAAGUGAUGUGUAAGAUCAGAGUUAGGUAAUUACUGCUUUCUUAAUCAAAGUUUUAGUGUCUUGCUCUCUUUGUUGAGUGAUGGUAAUGAUGAUGAUGAUGACGGAAAGUGAUGUACAUACAGCUGUUUGAAUCAAAUUUUUUGUGGCUCUUUUGUUCUCAAGUUGAAAUCAUCCACAUAAUACAACUACUACUAAUAAUAAUCUACACUUUAUCUUUUGUACAGUCCAGAAAAAAAAAGAAACAAUUGGAUUAAUUUCUUUUAGUGUUACUUAAGAAUACAUUCAUAAAAGUACAAAAUGCAUCAAUCAUACAAACAUAUAUAUAUAUUUUUACUCGAAACCCAUGUAAUAGAGGCGUACAUAAUUCAGAAUUCUACUAUGCUGUAUAUACAGGUGCAUAGCCAUAUCUAGUCUUAUAUAUAUAUAUAUAUAGUAAAUCUAUCUUUUCCUACUACUAAUUCUAUAUAUGUCAAUUUUUCUACUAUUUCUAUAUAUACAUGGAAAAAAAAAAGGUGUUAAAAAUGCUAUAAAAAUAUUGAAAGUUACUAUUAUUACAUAGCUCAAGUGUAGGUAUGCAUAAUACUUUCAAACAUUUCCAUUCAUUAAUUACCAAUAUUAGUGUUGUUAUUAUGAUAUUUAACAUAGUAACACAUAUUAGUAGAAGUGUUUACCAGUUUACCUUUGUGUAUUGUAUUCGUGUUAUUUCUCGUUCUCUAUUUACGUGGCUCAUUAACUUAACCAUCUUAGUGUUAUUAGUGUUAUCAAGUUAUUGUUCUGUAAAACGUGGGUGUUUGUCCCGAUGGCCGCACUACACCUCGCCUCUCUUAGAGUCUCCCCUUGGUGUCUGCUUGUGCACUGUAGCCUAGAAUCAUGCCACAGAGAAUAGAUUUAGGUUUGUUUCUCUCUCUCUCUCUCUCUCUCUCUCUCUCUCUCUCUCUCUCUCUCUCUCUCUCUCUCUCUCUCUCUCUCUCUCUCUCUCUCUCUCUCUCUCUUCGGGGGAACUAAUGUAAACAUGUUAGGGCAGCUAUGAAGGGGAGAUGGAGAUAAGGAGGUGUGUGUGUGUUGUUGUUUUUUGCUCAGAGUUCAGGUGUUCAGUGUGUUCUUUGUGUGUGUGUGUGUGUGUGAGAGAGUGAGUGAGUGAGUGAGUGAGUGUUAUGUUAUACUGUGCUGCACCUACCACUACUGCAUAUGUCUAUAAAGAAAAUCACCGUCUAUUUUAUAUUAUACACAAAUGCACUCUUUUAAUAAACUUUCUCCAGGCACA